ACCGAAAAAAGAAAAAAGAAUACAGAGAAGAAACGUAAGGAUCCAAACGUUUGAUCCUUCUCACGGAAAAGUUGUCGAAACGGUCGGUCGAUUGAUCGUCGGGCGAUAGCGUCGAAUGGGCUAGCGACGCACGCGAGUGCGACGAUCGAACCACGUCGGUCGACUUAAGUUACGUAACAAAUUCCGCUCGAACGCCGUGUUUUGAAGCAGCGACUCCAUAGUAACGCCGAUAGAGGGUAGAAAAGAGAAACGCGAGGCAAGCGGCCGCGAGAUAGUAAACCAUUUUCGUUGGUCCUCGAGCGUUUAGACAGCGAUGUCGUUGUUCAAGACGAAAGAGUGGUGGCGAACGAGGUGCGGUGCGAACGAAACAUUCGAUAAGCACAGCCUGUUGGCAGCGCCGUUGUUCGGAAAGGAGAGACAAGAUGUGCUCGUGGUGGGAAGUCACGACGGUUACCUAAGGAUGUACAGUCCGUCGUCGCGAUGGGUGGACGAAACGAAAUCACCGACCAACUACAAGUCCACGGAUUUGAUGAUCGAGACUCGAUUAGACGAUUGCAUCGUGGAUAUGAAGGCGGGAAAGUUCGUCUCAGGAUCGCAAGAUCUACGUUUGGCGGUAUUGACGCCAUCCAAGUUGACUGUUUACAACGUGGCUCUGGUCGACCAAUCCACCGAAUACGGAGAUCGGUGCGAACUGAAGAUCGCUUACGAGCAUCCGCUGCCGAGAUUUCCGGCAUCGUUGACGACGGGACCGUUCGGCGGCGUUCGCGGCAGAGACUUUCUCUGCGUUCAAUGCCUGGACGGGACGCUUCUGUUCUACGAGCAGGAGAUGUUCGCGUUCAGCCAGGUGACGCGCAAUCGGUUGUUGGCCGAGCCGAUCAUUUACGUUCCGCGCUACGAUCUGUUCGUCGCCGCCAGCUCCUCCUGGUAUCUCGAGUGUCACAGGCACGUGUUUGCUCGAUGCGUCGUCGCGUCGUCCGCUCGACCACGGCCGCUAAUAAAACUCGGUGUCGCGGUGGCGACUCGAGCGUAACGCGUAAUUAAAUAAGUAAGUAAGUAAGUAAGAUAUAUGGCGUGGGUUGCGUUGCCAUUGCGUAGGUACCAAAGUAUGGCGGAGUGGUCGAGAAGCACGGAACGAGUCUCCGGGAGCGCGAACGGCGCGGAGGAGCGCG